GGAACGAAGAUUUAGAGUCACAAAUCAAAAAACCUUUUGUCAUGAAUCAACUUGUGAGCUGUGGGGUAAGCGUAUCAAAAUCCCUAAGGCUAUGGAUCAACUGGUGGGGUCCGCGUACCGUAUCGUAGGUUCCUGAUAUCUACGGCUUUGCCACUGUGAUCACUGGAACCGUAUGAUACAAAUUAAAUCGUCACCUCUUCAUUUUUCGCUCCAAAACGAAAUGAAAAAACCAAUCAAAGAGGGGCGAUUUUCGCAUUGAUUUCAGUGAAUACGAUAAGCUAGGAUUAGGCCUCGGAGAGAGAGAGAGAGAGAUGGGGAGAAGGAAGCUGGAGUUGAAGACAAUCGAAGACAAGAGCAGUCGGCAGGUGACAUUCUCGAAGCGGCGGAGCGGGUUGAUGAAGAAAGCUCGCGAGCUCUCUGUGCUGUGCGACGUCGAGAUCGCUGUCUUCGUCUUCUCCGGCGGCGGCAAGCUUUACGAGUUCUGCACCGGCGAUAGCCUGAGAAGAAUCUUUGAGUGCUACCAGAUCCAUGGAGAUGCAGGCAGGAGCGGUCAAGAAUCCAAGAAGCAUAAUGAGGAAUAUAUGGAUCUAUGGAAUGGCACUAACCUACUGCCAAUUGUCCAUAGGCUUUUUGAAGAACAUAAAGUUGAUCAGCUUGAUGUGACAGAGCUCACUCAACUGGAGCAUAAGUUGGAUACCACACUACGCCAAACCAGGAAGAGAAAGUCGCAGCUUAUGAUGAAAGCUGUUGCGGCUCUCCAUGAAAAGAGGGAGCAUAGAAGAGAACAGAGGCUGUUCACGCAAAUAGAGAUGGCCGCCGCGGCAACGAUCAACGACCAUCUGCAGGACCCAGCUGGGAACCAGGAGCUCUGUGGCUACCCUAACACGAACCAGAGCAGCGUCCCUGAGCCUCCACUCCAACAACAUGAAGCAACCAUGUUUUAUUUGCCAUAAAGGUGAUAUAUGCCAAAUCCUUGUUCUGCCACUACUGGUGGUAAGCGAUGGUUUGCCAGUAUGCCAUAUCCUGUAACGCCACUUGGCACAUUCUCUACCCUAAUUUCCACCUUUGGUUUUCUUGACUCCUUUCUUGUGGUACCGCAGCCUUUUUAUAGAAAGGGCAUUUAUAUAUAUAUAUAUAUAUUAUAUAAAAUACGCAUUAUUAUUA